GUGGGAGUAACUAGGAAGCGUCUGGGUAACUAAUGGAAACUGUAGGAUUCACUCCAUGGAUUGAAUACUUGAAUAACGGAAAUGUGUCUGCGUAGUAAUGCAACACGUAGACUGCUUUGAACACACAUCGAGAUAAAGCGACUCAGCUCUAAAAGGUCAAUGGCUCUACCCCUCUCGGCCCACGUGCCCAAUCGAUCCCGGGUGCUGGCCGGACAGCUGGCCCGGCAGCGGGAGCAGGAGGCCCGGUGUCGACAGCAGUGGGAGCUGCACGCCCAGUACUUCCGGGAGCAGGGCGUCCGCAGCCAGAGACAGGCGGCUUGGAGCUCGAGCCAGUCCUACCAGCAGAGGACCUGACUAAUCUGCUGUGUAAGCUUGGCCACAUGAAGGAAGGUGUUCAGGGAAAUACUAUUAUCAUCAUCAUCAUCAUCAUAUAUGUGUAUGUCGGCAUACCAUAAACAGAGACUGGAGGAGGAAAAGAAGGCCAGCCUAGAGCAGCGCAGGAAUCGGCUCAGGGCCAUGCUUCAAGAGGAGCAAGACGGGCUGGAGGCGGAGCUGAGGGAAGUCGUUCCUGACAGGAGCACAUUGGAAAGUCAGCUGGUGCAAAAGAAUGCAGAGCUUCGUACAGCAAGAGAGGAAAGAAGAAAAAAGCUUGCACAAGAGCUGCUAAGGGAGCAUUGGAAGAAAAACACCACAGAGUUGCGAGAGGUCGAGUCAGCAUUACAUAAAGAUCAUGUUGUCAGCCAAUGGCAGGAGCAGAUAUCUGAGAAGAAACAGCAGGAAGUGGCAGAGCAGGACAAGAAGAGACGCUUUGAAAAUGAGUACGAGAGGACCCGAAAAGAGGCUCUGGGGAGGUUGAAGCAAGCUGAGGAGAAAAAGAACGUAGAGGAGCUGAAGAGGGCGGAGGAACUUCGCAAACAGAUGGAAGAACUGAAGCUGAGGGAAGAGGAGGCGACUCGCUUGAAGAAGGAGCAGGAAGCUCUGUUAGUCAAACAAUGGGAGCUGGAGAAGAUGGAGGAGGAAAGGAGGAAGGUGGAGGAAAGACGGAAGAAGACCGAGAUGGGGCAUUUCUUGAUCCGGCAAUAUCGUGCUCAGCUGAAGAGGAGAGCCCAGCAAGUGCAGGAGGAACUGGAGGCCGACCGUAAGAUCUUGGCUGCCUUGCUAGAAGGACAGCAGGUGGACAGGAGGAUGGAGACUGCUCGAAGGGAAAGGGCCAUCGCUGAUGCUGCCUGGAUGAAACGUGUGAUUGAAGAGCAGCUUCAGUUGGAGCAGGAGAGGGAGGCCGAGUUUGAGAUCCUACACAGAGAAGAAGCUCAACAUGUGUGGGAGAAACGAGAAGCACAGUGGGAGAAGGAGAGGAAAGCCAGAGAACGGCUCAUGCAAGAGGUACUUUUGGGCAGACAGCAGCAGCUAGAGCUUACGAUGCAAAAGAACAGAGAGGCUCAGGAGGAGUCCUUGAGGAGAAGAGAACAACUGAUCCAGGAGCUGGAGCUGGAGAGGGAGACCAGGCGCCAGGAGGAGCAGCAAGAAGAGGGGCUUAGGACGGCACGGAUGCAAGAGAUAAAUGCUCAGGUGGAGCAGCAGCGCCAAGAGAAGUGGGAGGAGCAGUGCAGGAAAGAGCAGGAAGAGGAGGAGGACAGGGAGGCCCUUCAAAUUCAGGAGGAGGAGCUGAGGCUGGAGAUGCAGAGGAUGGCCAAAAAAGGGUACCAGGAGAAGAUUCACAGCAGACCUCGAUCAGCAUGGACAUGAGCAACCUGCCUGAAGUCAAGACAGAAUUGUGAGAUGUGUAUUUUUGUACCUGUAAAUCAACUUUAACAGUUUUGCGAUUUUUCCAAGUGUGUCUUAAGACAAAACUUGCAUGCCUAUAUGUGGAUUGCAACAGUUAGUGGUCCCCUUAAUUGUUCCUCCUGAGACUCCUUCCUACAGCAAGUCAAAGUAUCUUAUAGACAAAAUCCACAGUCCUCAUUCAAUGAAAACAUUUCAACCUUUAUCAAACCAAGUUGGGAUGUUUUCUUUCAAUAUUGUUUUCUUGCUGAGCCACAGGGACGAGACAAACACAAGGAGAACCAUUUGAAGUCAAGGACUGUGAAUUUAGUCUCACAACUUACACACCGUAUCCUUUUUAACUAAUGAUGCAAUGAUGUAGGUUAUGAGGUCCUAUUAGCCAUCCUUAUGUUAAUAAUUUUAUCUUGCAUAUGUAUGGAUUUGUUUUGCACUUUUUUCUUUAGCUAUAUUUUUCUAUCCUGAAUUUGUAGAUUAAAUAAAACUAUUU